AUGGAGAUGACACAAUCUAAUAGAUUUCCUUACCAUUAUUGCAAAUAUAAUCAAAACUUACCGCGGCUCGACCAAGCGUCUCUAAACCCUACAUAUCCUCAAGAUCGACAAGAAGACACCAAUAAAGAAGAGCCAAUAUCACAAUUUAUCUUUCCGACAACCACUCACGAAUACGAAUUUCAUUCUGAUGAUGAGCUAGUCCCAUCCAUUGAUAUUGUGGGCUGCUCUACGAACCAUUGUUGCAGGAUUAGAAGUUCUAAUACCGAAACGAGUGACUACAAUGAUCAUGAAAUUGAACAACUCCAAGAAUCAUCGCCGAGAUCUUUUCUAGGAUUAAUCGACGUGCCGACCAAUCUCGAUGAUGGACUCAACUUCGUGGACUUCGAGCUUUUUGAUUCCCAAUGGGAGCAAUGCGAGGAGCUUCAUGACAUCUGGCUCGAUCCAUCUACAUCAAGUAACAGCUCGAAGCUUCACCUUGAUGAUGAACAGAGUUGCAAGAGCUUCGAUACAUUUGAUACACCAAGAAGUUCUGAAAUGAGCUUGUAUCACGGGGACUUUUGUUCCCCUCCUCCGAACUCUGCCACUAGCUCAUGGAUUAUGAGCAAUGAAUCCAUGACUUUGCUUCCCACGAUCUAUCCAGGAGACUAUGUCGAAGCUUCGAAUUCUGAUCUCGUAGUUGGUAUUGGCCAGUGGAUGUGUGGAACGAGGGUCAAAUCGAAUGAUCUAGAAGAUGAACCGAAGAUUCUUCGUAACACAGACAACAAUACCACCUCUAGAACUAAUAAAGCAAUCGAGGAAAUACUAGAUUCUUUCGAGCUCGUUUUCUAUGGUGUCGAAUGA